AUGCAUUCUCGGUGCUUCCCUUUUCUUGGAUCCUCCCGCAAUCAGUACUCAAAUUCUUGGGUACGUUCCCCAUGGUUUCUGAUUACUCUGUUCUUCUUUACUUACUUUCAGGAAGCUGAACCGGGUUGUACCCGACGGUUUGACCGGGUGGUUAGUCCCUACCAGUCCGAAUGGGAAAAUCGAUAUCCAACCCCUCGUUGUCAACUUAUUGUCGUGUCUCCCGGCAAUCGGGCGACCCGGGAAGCUGGUCAACUGCUACCGCCCCGAACCAUGCUAGACGACCCGGUAUCCGAGUUCGAGUUCCCCGACCCGGAUACAACCCCGAUUCGGGUCCGCCGCUUCUCCCACCGACUCGACGACGACUACAUCGCCAAGUACAAGAAGGCGCUUUCCAUCAUGAAAUCUCUGCCGCACUCCGACCCGAGAAGCUUCACCUGGCAGGUCGAAAUCCACUGCCAGUACUGUACCGGGUCGUUUCUCCAGCAGGGCUCCGAUUUCCCGGUUCGGGUCCAUAGGAACUGGCUAUUCUUCCCCUGGCACCCGAUGUUCCUCUACUUCCACGAGAGGAUCCUCGGGAGCCUGAUCGGCGACGAGACCUUCGCGCUGCCGUUUUGGGGUUGGGCUUCGCCGGACGGGAUGACCCUGCCGGAGCUCUACUUAAACGGGUCGUUCAAUGACCACCGCCGCGACCCGACCCAUUACCCGCCCACCGUGGAGGAUCUGAACUUCAAGAAGCUGGAUCCAACCAGAUCUACGCCGGAGGAGCAGAUCCGACUCAAUUUGGCGUUGAUGUACAACCACAUGGUCUCCGGCGCCAAGACGGCGCAGCUCUUUUUGGGGUGUCCUUAUAAAACGGGAGCGGAUAUGGUGACAACACCAUAUUUGUUGUUAUAG